UACAGAGAAUAUUUAUUGAGCAGCUUUAAAUUGGUGCAUUUUUUUCCAUAAAACAGUUCGCAGAAUACUUGAAGCUGCAAAAUACUUUGAUUUUUUUUUUUAAGACAUAGCUUCAAGUUGGAAUGAUUUGAUAAUCAAAUAAGGACCAGCACAUCAUAAAAACUGGGAAAAAAAAGCUAACCAGAACACUCUUACACCAAUCAAACACUGGAAAAAAUACAAGUGCAAUUACUGGCUGCUAUGUGAACUCUUAUCUACCAAAUGGUUUUCUUACAGUACUGAGAUCUUUGUCUCCAUACUGCAUGCUUUCAACAAAUGUGAUUUGCAUUUCACCCAGGAAACACAAAAUCUCCUUUUUAAUAUCUAUAUUUAAAAAGUUAAGUGUUUGACAAUAAGUUCUCUUUAGUAAAUAGCUGACAGGAAACAAACUGUUCAAAAUUGGAAGCAGAAAAAAAAAAUCCUAUUUAAUUCAUGAGGUGGAAAUCCAUAGAUGGAGAAGAGAUGAGUUUUGGAGAAAGGCAAGAUGGUAGGUUGAACUAAGAAAACUUUGAAGUGGGUAAGAGCUGUGUGGGAGAAAUUAUUUUGUACUUAAAAAAAAAAAAAUCCUUCUUGCAAAUCAAGGCAAUAACUUGUAAAGAGAGCACUGAGAGAAUGGAAUAUCCCAAGGUGGCCUCAAAUGGUCAGGAAUCAUAGAAUCAAUCAGGUUGGAAGAGACCUUUAAUAUCAUCCAGUCCAAUCGAUGAUGUGCUGUGCUCAGUUAUCCAUUCAAGAAGAUGAGAUUGAAGAAAUGGGUAGGUAGUUGAGCAGAGAAACAGCUGGAAAUUAAUAUUUGUAAAUCGUGGCACCCACAGGGAGUAACAGCUUUGAAAAAUAGGUAUAGCUACCAGAAAGCAAAAAUGGCACAACCUCAACUAGAAGAGAUGGUGAACAGGGAAUGAUGUUGACCAACUGAACGGCAAGAAAAAAUUUGGACAAAGCACAGACUGAAAUUGGAAAGUUAAAAGGAGUUGUUUAAGGUGGGAAAUGGUUAGAAAAGUCUAGAAAGAUUAGGCUGUUUUUUUCAAAGAAGGAAAGGCAAAUAAUUUCAGAGCUGGAAAGGCAACAUAAAGAAACAGACAAUUUUAAGCGUUUCUGGGAUGUCAGUUCAAGCUAAAAAUACUAAGAGCACAAGAUUAAAAGGUAAAGAUAUCUUUCUUCUCCUUCACAUGUUCUUGAAAAUAAUUUUUUGUGUUAAAAGGGCUAGAAAGCUAGAAAGCAACAAGUCUGUUCCCAUGGACACACUGAGCAUGAACAGGAGCACAGAGUGGAAAAAUAUGAUUGUGAUAAUACAUCAAACAAAGUGGAAAUUAUGACUGAAAAAAAUAACAUAAGGUGAAGAGCAACCAAGGCAGCACAAAGACAGCUGAGGAAAAAACUUGUCGUAGCAACUGAAUAUCUUACUGUUGAAGGUGCAGAAACCAGCCUCCAAAAACAUCCCAGUUUUCUCAGAUAAUUUUUAGGCUCUGAAUUAAGAUGUACUCUUCACAAAGCAUCACCAGGCGAGAUCAUUUACCUGCUGAAGGAGAUGAGGUACUCCACGGGAUUAAUUCAGUCAGAUACAACAAGCUGUGGCUCUUGUGAGAGUUUGAAUGACCCUGUUUCCUGGCACAAAGCACAUCUGAAAUUGGAAACAAGGAUUGUGACAGUUUGGAAUCUCAAUCCACAGAAGAAUGUUGCUCACAAUGUCUUGUUUAAAAGGAAAAAGCAUUUAAAGAAGGUGUUUUCAAGUAGAGAUUUUUCAUGUUUUAGUUAAAACUUUUAGCAGUGUGAUGGCAGAAUGUGGAAAAAUGAGGUCUUCGCUGCAGACAGAAGACUUUUGGCAUUUCUCUGAAGAGCAGGACCACAACAGGAGAUAAACAGAGCUUGAGAUAACUAGGUGCUAAUGAAGGAGUGGAAAUUGGAAAGCGUGAUUCACUUGGUAAAGGAGAACUUUCUUCUCGUAAACAUAGCUUUGCGCAUCACAGCUUUGGAACCAGAACCAAAAGCACAAUCACAGGACGGUCAGAGCAUAUGGCUGUGACGUGUUAAAAUCGAUGCUUCCUGGAAUUUCCAGGAACUAGCAGAUGCAGACAUACCUGAUGAACAAGUAAGUGGUGCUGGAGAAGCGAAUUUGAACCUCAGAAUAAAAGAGCUGGAAAAGUUGGAGCAAAACCUGAAAGGUGUUCUGGAGAACUACAUGGAGUCGGGUUCUGUCCUAAGUAAGAGGAUGAAAGAGCUGGAGCUGUCACACAAAGCACUCCUUGUGAUGACUGACCAACUUGAUGUGAAGUUGCAGCAGAUUGAAAGUGCAAAUGUGUGUGUCAAAGGGAAACUGCGAGACAUCCAGGAGGACUUGAUCAACUUGGUUGACAACCAAGAACAGUCAGAGAAGAAGCAAAAGCAAAAAUUACGCUGGCUUCAGGAGCAGCUGAAGACAAAAGAAGAUGAAAUCAAAAGCCAAUCGGAGUAUUUUGAGCACUACAAACAGAGGCAGAGACAACAGACAGCAGUGCUGAGAAAAAGAGAGUGCUACCUCCAGGGUGAGGUAUCUAGGCUGGAAAAGCAAGUCCUAGACCUUAGUGCCCAUACUGCUCUUUUGACAUCUGAGAUCGAAGAGGGAAUGGUACAGCAUCUUCAGCAGAAGCUGGAAUCAGCAUUCAGUGGGACUCGGAAUAAACACUAUGACAUAGAGGUGAUGGAACUGAAAACUUGCAUUCAAAACAUGGAGCACGACAUGAAAAGCCACCUUGAAGCAUUUCACCAAAAUCUGAAGUUCUUAAGGGAAAAAGAAGACGACAACAGAAGAGAACAGGCAGACCUGCUGACUGAACUCCAGUGCUCUCAGGACACUGAAGACUUUCUCAGAAGGCAAUUGGAAGAAUCCUGCCAUCGUGUGUGUGCUCUGAAAUUGUCUGAAAUCAAACUACAUGAGAAAGUGGAAGAACUUUUGGAUGAAAAUAGGAUGUUAAAAGAUCACAGUAAGGAGAAGUUGAAAAAGAGGAAAGAGAAGGACUCAGGACAUAAAAGAUUAGAGAAUGAAGGUAACGGCCUUGAGCAGGUCACCCCUGGAACAAAGAGAACAGGUACUUCAGAAGAUAAUCUCACUUUGUUCAGAUGUGCUCCAAGUUACUGUGCGCCAAGACUGCUUCUCCCUUGCUCUAAGUUAGCUAAUGAUGAGGCAAGUAGAGAAACCACAGAUGAAGAAAACUUUACUGUCUUGAGGGAUCAACCUGUAAAUCUACCAGCUAAGACAUUCCCUGUUUCUGUGGUUGAAGCUUUAAUGAGAAAGAAGCUCCAACUUACUUUAUUAGAACCUGAAAGCUAUCAUAUAUCAGCUGUCACCACAGUGAAGGAAGUGAGGAGUCUGGAUUCAAGUGAAGGAAAUACCACUCUCUGCUCUGACGGCCUCUGCCCUGUUGCAGAAGGAGGAUUUUCUGACAAGGCUUUUGGGCUCCUUCAUGGAAAGAUGUCUGGCACUGUGACUGAAAUCUUCACAUCAUCUCUAGAAAAAUGCAAUGUGGGAAAGCAUUGGGAAAACAAGAAAAUUCUGCCAAAAAGCAUAACUGAGAAUAAAUGUCUGGAUAAAGUUGUUGAUGAUGGAAAGUAUCACCGCAAAAAUGUUAAAGGGAGAGCUAAAGGAGGAGGAAUACAGAAUGAGGAAGCCCAACCACAACAGGCAACCUGUAUUCCUGAGGAAAGGUCUAAAUUCUUAAAUACAAGUGAACUGACUGGGCCUGGGAGUCAAAGAAUAGAAGCCAAAACCAGUCUAGAUAGCUCACAGGAUGUUCAAAACUUAUCUGUUGAUUUUAAAGAUGCAAAGAAGCAUUUUGAAAGCAGCUCUAAACUAAAGGAGAAAGAACAAGACCUCUCAGAAAUUUGCAUUUCUGAUGUGGAUAGAGUAGAAGGUAGAGAAGACAUCAUCAAAAUGGAGGAGAAAGGAGAGCAACCUCAGAAACCAGCUCACCAAGCAAACUUUUCCAGAAAUAUCAGCAUGAAAGAAAAGGAUUCUGGACAAACCCUGAAACUGUAUGAAAGGAAGGAGAAGAAUUCCACAUCUGAAAGAAGAGCUAUUGAAAACGUGCAAUUUGCAUGCUGUGCCAGGUUGUUUUGGUCAGAGGAAGAGGGGUAUCUGCUGAACGUAUUGUCUCCUACGCAGGAGAGGGCUGUGUGCUUAACCAAAAUGCAGCUGUCAGGGAGCAGUUUGUAUGAGUGUUUCUGUCAUCUGUCCCCACUGGAAGCUGGUAGUGAACAUAAUGUGCAAAUACAUGCACUGGAAAAAGUGGUGGCUGUGUGUUCUCAGAGGAUAUUUCUACUGAUGCAGGAGAAUGAAAAUUACUCCAGAAAAGUCUGUGUGUUACAACAAGAGAAUGAGAGAUGUGCUCAGCUGAUGAGUGCACUGCAAGAGGAGAUAGAUGCAUAUAUUCAGUACCUUCUAGCAAUAGAUGAAGCUAACAUUGUUUCAUUCCAGAACUUACUGAAUGAGAAAGAAGCUGCUGGUGGAUGUUAUAAUAACUUAUCAGAAGAAAACACCACGAGCCCAGGAAUACAUUUUGUUGAAACCUUCUCAAAGAUCCUCUUAUCUAUUGAAGAGAAAAAUAGGAAUUCUAAAGAAGACUCAUUGACAAUUGCAUCAAAUAAACUUUCCAAAAGUCUCUUAUCCCUGGAUGGAAGGAAGACAAGAUAUUUCCAGCUGCUUUCUGACCUGAAAGAAGAAAGAAGUAGAUGCUUUGAGGAAAUAGAUAAAUUAUUACAAGACAAGGAGAACUAUGUAUCAAAAUAUAAUGAAUUACUACAAGAGAGAGAGGGAAAUAUACAAAGAAUAACUCUUUUAGAAAGUGAGAAAGAAGCUUUGUUGGGAUAUUUGACAGAGAUAAAAUGUGAACAGAAAAAAUACAAGACCUUGGUUUCAGAACUUGAAGAAUGCAAAACCAGUUGUUAUCAAACUAUCUCUGAUUUACAGGAGGAAAAAAGUGUACUGAAAAGAGAAAUGGAGAGAAUCAAGAAGCAAGCUUCAGAACAGCUGGAUGAAUUGCAGAAAGCAAAUGCAAACUAUAUUUUAGAAAAUAAUACAUUGAAAGAGCUCCUAACUUCUUUGGGUUUCAGCUAUGAAGAGCUGAGAAAGGAGAAAAGUUUGGGAACAAAGGAAAAUAUAGUAAAACUAAAAGAAGAAAGCCAACAACACAGUCUCAAAUCAGAGAGAGCUGAAACAGCAUGUAGUGAAACUCAGACUGAAGAAAUUCUCAUUACAGACCCUUCAAACUAUUUCCCUAAAAAAGAGGGCAGCAUGUCUGAAAGCUAUGAUGUGAUGAAAGAGCAAGUGGAAAAGGCAAAAGAGGAUCUGAAAAUACAGGAAAAUGAAUUAGAAAAAUCAAAAAAAGAGGCCCAGAAGUGGUACAGAGAACUUGGCUUUGCUGAAACAAGAUAUGAAGAAGUCAAAGCUCAUUUGACCCAGACUCUCUCAGAGUUAGACCGUCUUAAACAAGAGGCUGGGAACAAAAUGCUUGGAAAGCAGCACUCCAAAUUAAUGCCUAUGUACACUGUGAAAGAUGUCCGAGAAAUAGAGGAGAAUAAAAUGGCCGAUAAGAGAUUACAGCAGCAAGUGCUGACCUUGAAAGCCCAGCUCAGGGACCAGGCUGCAUUACAAAAUCAGUUUCAUGACUUGCAGAAUGAAGUGGAACUCCUUCGGGCUCAGCUAUGUGUGAAGGAAAAAGAACUUCAGAAGAGAAAGUCUGAAGCAAAGCUGACACUAGCUCCUCUGAAGGCUAAGCUGGCUUGCCUCAUCCGGAAGUGCCAGGAAAGGAACAACUUCAUUAUGAGGAUGCACAGAGAAUUCCACAGGAGAGGAAUUAUUAACUUAGCUUUUGAUGAAGAGAUGAAAAGCUUGAUGAAUGAUGUGGCCCUGGCAGAGUACAGUAUUGUUUUUACACCACUGUGUGAUCAAGAGAUGCUGCCUUCUUUCACAUGCUUUUCACAGGCCAAUGGGCAGGCAGAGGUUUGUGAGACACACGUGAAUGUGGAUGGGGUGACUGGGUCAAAACCUGCAAACUCUCAGCAAGAAGUAGACAGCAUCCACACUUCUUGCAUCACUCCAAGCACGUCUGCUGCUUCGGCUGUUAAAUUAACAAGCCCAGAGAGGAUCACAGCCUUGCAUCGAGAGCUAAGACAAAAGCAUCACCAAAAUUGCCAGGUACCUUCAGCUGUCUCCAUCUCAAACCCAAAGGAUGACUGCAACUUGCCCACGAUGCAUGAGGAAGCUCCUUGUGCUCUGCUAUCAAGAAUGAAGGAUGCACUGGUGCCUCCAGAGUGUGGUGCUUUCUGGGCCACCAAGGGGAGGGAUCAGUUGUCGAAACGUGAUGAUGUAUUUUGGGGUCAAGUAGGAAAUCAACACGCAGGUGCUAUUCCCCAGGGAAUGAAACAGAAAAACUCCAUUAUGAAUAAGGCAUGGCUCCCUAGAGAAAAAACAGAUGGCUCCACCUCAGCUACCACAGCAAAAAGCUAUUUGUCAGACGUGUUGUCAGCAAGUAAUAAAGGUCGAAAUCCUGUGGGGAGAAAUCAGCUGCACAAGAAAGAAUAAACCCCACAAAAAUAAAAAGAAGUGUAAGUUUCCAGUUGAAAUACCCACAGGAGACUAAAAUGCAAAGUAGCUGAAGAACCUCAGGGUGAUUCCACCAGGCCAUGGUAACAUUCACCUUUGUAAAACCUGGCAAGCAAUAGGUCUGGUGAAAAAAGCUUUUUGUCAUCCUGGGCAUCAGGAGGCUGCUGCAGAGCUGACUGCUGCACUACAAGGGAUGAGUUUGCCAGUUGGUUUGGUCUACAUUAUUAGAUAGUGGGAAGAGACAGCCUGAUGGUUGGUUCAGAGGCAUGAUGAUGAUGAAAUAGGAUGUCAUAACAUGGCUUUCAUUGCAGAAUACAAGAGUUGAAGACAGGAUCACAGCAAAGAGGCUCUGAGUAGAAGGAGGCAGAUAAGGAUGUGAUUCAGACCAUCCCAGAAUACAAGACCAACUCUGCUGUUACAGUCAUCUUUCUCUUUGUAAUACUCAUUAUAAAAACGGGAAGUGUCUGGUGACCUGAAAAAUCUUUGGAAGCUGUGGACUGCAAAGGCUGGAAGAAUCUAUCAGGCACAUAGAAGAAGCAGUACAGCUCUGAGGAAAGAUGAAAGUUGUUUUGACCUGGUGACCGCAGCUGCUUCAUCAGGGGAAAAACUGAGAAGCUGUCCUGAGUUACCAUCUGCCACAUUUUUAGGCACCUCCUGUAGUGGAAGCUGGCCACGAGGGCUAACCUAGUGUGUGGUUUGAGUUUUCAUUCUGUUGUGUUUUCUUGGGAUCUUGACGUUUGCAUUCAAAAAAGAAAAAAAAUCAAGCUAAGCACAGAUCUCAGUCUUCAGGGGUAUGCUUGUGUGGACAUGUAAUAUCUUCAGCCUCACAUGGCUUUGGACAAUCCUGAAAGAGUCUCUGAUCUGAGUUGAGAUGUUUAGUACUUCUGCGGAUGUGGUAGUUCAGGGUACAAACUGUUUAGGAAAUGAGAUGGAAGAGCAUUUUUGGAAAAAUAAGUGGGAACUGGAAUGUACUUCAUGUGCACUGAGAGGCACUUGGAAUAUCAAAGCACUGUGUCCUAAUACUCCAGAUUGAUUAUUUCAACCACACAAAGAGGCCAUACUGCAUUUAACUUUCAGAUAAGGCACUUGCAUACACACUCUUCCUAAAAUAGGUGGGUUUGUGCACACUGGCUGUGCAAACACAUUUUGUGACCGUGCUGCACAAGACAGAUUUAUGCACCCAGAAGCUCUAUUAUUCGUGUGUGAGUGCCCACUUGGGAAAGCAGGGAGAUGUGAAUGCAGGCAGAAGGUUUGUGUAUAAGGCAUUGCAUGGGUGCAUCUACUCCUCCUUCAGCUUCCACACAGCACUGUGGAAGUCAGUGGCAACACUUGUGUUGACCUGAACAGGAGCAGCAGCAGGUACUGCUCAGUGUAUCCCUUCCUAUGCACUUUCAGUUUUGAUAACUGGUUUAUGAUUUGUAUUUCCUCCUUUAAAAAAAAAGGGGGGCGGGGGCGGGGGGGAGUUUCUGUUGCUCUAACUUCUAGAAUGUGCUCUUUCUAAUGCUCAGUUGCCCAGUAAUUCCAGAUAUCCUUUGAAAGGAGGCAGAAGGAUAAUAAACUGUGGAAUCCUUAAUCAGAUUAAUGUAAUGUGCAUUUCUAGAUUAUGAUUAGAUACAAGAUGACACGUUGGCAUGGUAACACUUUAAGCUUAACUACAAAUUCCUAAAAUAAGGCAAUGACAUAUAUGUAGGUUUCUAUCCAUUUGCAUACCAUCCACCUGAAAACAUACAUCAUUUCCACAACACUCAAUUAAACCCUACUUCUUCCUUUUGAAUUAAGUGUUGAGCUGAAACAUUAUGCCUCUUUCCUAGUAUUUAUGCAUAACCUUCCACCAUAAAUUAUAGAUGUUGAUAAGUAAUGAAUCUGUCCACUUUGCAACAUCUUAGGCUUUCUGCAUUUUGUCUUAGUUUUAAAAUAAUUAGCAUAAGGAAUGUAGAACAUACUUCAUUCUUUGUGGUUUGUACCACAUUGAUCUCCUUUAAAUUCUACCACUUCCUAAUAUGAAAACUGUCUCACUGAUACAGGAAAGACCUGUUAAUUAUUUAAGCUGAUAGACCAGUGGCUGCAUUUCAUGUGGCUGAGGACUGGGAAUCAAGAUCCCAACUUUACCUCAAAUCAUGGUAAGAAAGCACUACAACAUUUAAUGUGAGAUUACUAGCUGAGGCAGAGAGCCUAGCUAUUAUUUUCUAGUUGCCUUACUUAUGGUGAAGGGAGAAGUGUUGUCUGGUUGUUACAGGGUGUGUUUGGCUUUCUAAGUCAACUUGUUUAAUGUGCUAUCUAUGGUAAAUGUGCCAGGGGAUGCUUUUAGUGUAUUGUUUUGUGUUAAACUUCCUCAGCAAGCAAAAUUGGGCACUUUGUUCUGAUUGCUUUGUAUGCACAAUAUUGCUUUGACCAAAUUCCUUAUAGCCAAGGUUAAGAUGCUGCUAAGUUCUGCGUAAGUAAAUGCAACCUUCUUCUGCACCUGAAAUAGACAACAUGGGCAGUGUUACAUAGAAAAUAUCACUUGACAGCUCACUUAUUUAUGUAUACUCUACUGCAUAGAGCGUUGUAGGAUAUUGAAAAUGUAGCUUACAGCAUUUCCACAGCUCCUUACUCAACCUUUAAAUCGCAAAUUCUGUUCUUCACACCACUAUGGAUAGCAGAUGCUGGAAGUACAAUGAUUGACUCUGGCAUGAUAAUCAUGUUACAUUCAGAAUAAUACAAUUGCCAGGAAAUAUUUCACAUACACAGCAGAGUUCCCAGGAUAAAACUCCUGCUAAGGCAUGGUUGAUGUUUGUCCAUGUGGCCUUUUAAAAAGUGGAACCCCUGACCUGUGUUUCAGAAAUCUACCUGUAUUUUUCACUGGCAGAGAAAAGAUUUUAGUAUUUAAAUUUACUGUGGUUGUGGGGUGGAGGGAAGGCCGUGUGCACGCUGGGGUUUGCCACUAAUCCUUUGGAAAUCCUUUAGUGCCUUAAGGAGGCAGAGUGGGAACAGACCUUAGGAUUACAGAAACUUGUUCAAACCUCUUUCCUCCUUUAGCAGAAUUCCUUUAAUGUAUAUUGUGCCUUUGGCUCCAAACAUAUUCCCAUCAGAAAUCAGUACCCAUGGGAUUAUGGACAGGUAUUUUUGUUCCUGCACAAAUGUUAGGAAAGAGAGUGUACUGUUUCUUAUACAAGAUGUGGAUUAAAAACAUAGCUAACUUCAGUUCUAUGACUGGGAUCAAUGCAUAGUCUGAAAGGUGAAAGUUAAAGGUAAAACCAAGGCGGGGGGGGGGGGAAGAUAAAAAAGGAGACAGUUUGGAUGUACUGGAUGAAGUGCUUAUACCACUGAAGUGACUGGCAAAUUUCCAGUGGAACUAUGUUUUCAUGUUUGCUUCUACUUGGCUUAAGAAAUGCUCCCAUAUGACAGAUACUUAGGCAUCAUGUUCUCCUUAAGAUCAUCUAUGUGUGUAGGAGAGAAGAGAGAUUAGUAGGUGUGGAGACCUGCCUUGAUUUGGAGUUGUUGGGAUUUGUGUUAUACUAUACUUUCUCUGUGUGAUGUGGACUCUUGCUAUGGGAAUAUGAAUAUGCAAAUGUAAAUUCCAAUGUGAGAGAUUAUUGUGCAGUGAGCAACAACCAGUGUUGAGCUACUACAUUUCUCUGCUCUCUGAACUGUAGUUGCCUACAAAAAGGGGGAAAACUUAGUGAACAGGUGCAAACUACUCCUAUGCUAAAAAAGCCUAUGUGAAGCAAUUAAUGUACUCACUGCUGGCCCUAAGCAGAAUUUAUAAAAGCUGGAUAAGAUUUUAGCCCAUGAGUGAAUUUUGUCUUUCAGGAAUUAAGAGCAAUUUGGUACAGAGCUACAAAAUUUAAAAAGAAAAAGGAGAAAAAUAAUGAAGGCUUGAAAUUUAGAGCAGUGAUGGUCUUCUAUUUCUCUCCCUGUGCUGACAAGCAGCUUUAAUGAAUAUGUAAAUGUUUAAAAGAAAAUCAUUACAUGACUCCUAGUAUGGAAGUCAAGACCCAGCAUGGGACAGAUACUUGUAGCUUGUUUAUAAAUCACUCUGCUAUCUUGGAAAAAGAAGUCAUGGAACUUAAAUAAGGAGUAAGGACUUACUGCAUGCAUUUGUUUGGCUGAAACAAAGAUAUUUCCCCAACUCCUGAGGCUUUAAUGGAGAAUCUGGGUUGUAUUAACAUACAGAGGUCUUGUAUUUUCAGCUCUAGUGUUGUGCAGCUAUUUAACCCUUUCACACAGUCAGCAGUGGGAUGGUAGCCUGAAGUCAUAAAGAGCAGUUGUUAGGGCCACAAACUGGGAUCCAUUUGAAGGAUUCACAAAAUAGCUGGGAUUUGUGGCGUGAUAUUUAUUAAGUUGAUGUAUGAGUCAGAAUAGGGAGGGAGGAGUGUUUACAAACAAAGGCAAAGGGUUUAAAUUUGGCCUAUGACCACCCUACAGCCAGUUUCAGUAGUAUGAGAGAGGUCACUCUUGUUCUAAUGUGUUCCAUGAAAGCCUUCUGAAGAACUUUUCAGCAGAGAUUUCCACUCUAAUACAUUUGCCAUGGAUAUCAACUGUACAUAUAUAUUAAAUUUCAGUGUAACUAGGGAAAUACGGAAUUGUAAUGAAGUCACAAAUUCUACUUGAUGAUGAUCACAGAUUUGUAACUCUCACUUAAAUUAUGUAAGAUACAUUGACAUUUUAUCUUGUUAACAAGAUGUAUUUUUCUAUGUUAGUUAAAUGUAUAAUUUGUAUAAUUUUGUAUAUUAAAUGUAUGCAUAUUUUAAAUUAAAAA